UAUCCACGUUUCCCUCCAAUAGAAUAUGUAGCUACUUCCUCAGCAAAAUCCUCAAUCCAUCCGCCAGAAAAAAAUAUCUGCAACUCUACAUAAUAGAGGCUGAGAACCUUGACAGUGAUAGCUCCCAUCUUCACCAUUCCACAAAAUACCUAAUAAACCCUAAAAAAAUUCUUGCAGAAAAAUUCUUCAUACUGUCAAUUCAAUCAUCCCAAUUUCAAAUUUUCCUUUCCUCUAACCUUAAUUCAUAGUUUUUUUCUUCCUAAUGAUGGACUUGGCUUAUUCACCAAUGGCCAAAUGCAUUUCGACGCCAUUUCAAUCUUUCACUCAUCGACCACUAGCACUUUUUUCUAGGGUUUCCAUUUCGGUACACAUUAAGCCCAAAUUUGCAAAUACUUAUCGUCGGUGGAACAUGUGUUCUGCUUCCAGCUCGGAUACACAUACACUUGUCGCUGGGCAUAAAUCUGUUGAAGUUGAAAGUAACAAAGAGGAUGAAUACGGGGACUUAAAAUCAUGGAUGCACGAAAAUGGGCUACCUCCUUGCAAAGUGGUUAUUAAGGAAAGGCCUUCCCAUAAUGCUAAACAUCGGCCCAUUCACUAUGUUGCUGCCAGUGAGGAUCUUCAGGCUGGUGAUAUUGCUUUUUCUGUUCCGGAUUCGUUGGUGGUAACGCUUGAGAGAGUUUUGGGAAAUGAGAGCAUUGCUGAACUCUUGACAACAAACAAAUUGUCUGAACUAGCCUGCUUAGCGCUUUAUCUAAUGUAUGAGAAGAAACAAGGAAAGAAGUCGUUCUGGUACCCUUAUAUAAAAGAACUCGAUCGCCAGCGGGCAAGGGGCCAGCUAGCUGUGGAAUCGCCUCUUCUAUGGUCAGACGCUGAACUAGAUUACCUGACAGGGAGUCCUACUAAGGCUGAAGUUUUGGAAAGGGCUGAAGGGAUCAAGAGAGAGUACAAUGAGCUUGAUACAGUCUGGUUCAUGGCUGGAUCUCUGUUUCAGCAAUACCCCUAUGAUAUACCCACUGAUGCAUUUCCGUUUGAGAUCUUCAAGCAAGCUUUUGUUGCAGUGCAAUCAUGUGUUGUACAUUUACAGAAAGUUAGUCUUGCCCGGAGGUUUGCACUAGUCCCAUUGGGACCACCAUUAUUAUCCUAUUGUAGCAACUGCAGAGCAAUGUUAGCAGCAGUUAAUGGUGCAGUGCAACUGGUUGUCGACCGCUCUUAUAGGGCAGGAGAUCCAAUUGUUGUGUGGUGUGGACCACAACCUAAUUCAAAGUUACUCAUUAACUAUGGUUUUGUUGAUGAAGAAAAUUCGUACGACCGUCUUAUGGUGGAGGCAGCAUUAAAUACAGAGGAUCCUCAAUAUCAAGACAAGCGUCUAGCUGCUCAAAGGAAUGGUAAACUAUCAGUGCAAGCUUUCCAGGUGUGUGUGGGAAAAGAAAGAGAGGCUGUGUUGGAGAUGCUUCCUUAUUUGAGAUUGGGAUAUGUUUCAGAUCCUUCAGAAAUGCAGACGGUCUUAUCAUCUCAAGGCCCUAUUUGUCUGGUGAGCCCUUGUAUGGAAAGAGCAGUUCUGGGUCAGCUAAGUGAUUAUUUCGAGGCAAGGCUGGCUAGUUAUCCGACCACUCUAAGUGAAGAUGAGGCUUUGUUGGCUGAUGCUGAUCUGGAUCCAAAAAAGCGAGUUGCUACACAGCUUGUCAGGUUGGAAAAGAAAAUUCUAAAUGCAUGCCUGGAAACUACAGUGAACUUCAUUAAUCAAUUACCUGAUCUCUCCGUAUCUCCAUGUCCGGCUCCUUUUGCUCCAACAUUGAAAUGAUAGAGAUUGUGGAUCAAAUCUUCUUAUAAAAGCUGUGGAUAGAUUGAGCAUCUUUCUCAAGUGUAUUGAUACUGGGCCAACCAGACUGCUCAUCAAUGAGGUGAACUUAGCGACUGAACCAAUGAAGUUGUCCAAAAGUAUACAAACGUUGCUCUGUGCAAUAUGCUGGCAGUUCUACAAUAUCCAUUAAAGACCAAUGUUCUUCAUUGUCAUUCUCCUUGAGCCUAACUGUGUAUUAGCCUUCUUUAUCAUUCUCUUUUCUUUUUCUCCCUUUUUCACUGUCACAUUGAGUUUAAUGAUGAUGCGUUUAGGUGUAUAAAGAGAAGGUUCUUAAUCGAUGCAGUGCAUCCUUGUGCUGGCCAUCUAUGUGAUGUUAAUCAUUCUUUGUAAAUAUUGGUUUUGAUGUAUCAUAUUCAAUCUGAUUCUCCAGUCAGAGUAUAUGAUGUAAUGCAUUAUGAACAUGUUUAUGUUGA